CACCAUCAAGCAUUACACACGUGCAGGUGCAUCUAUCACGACGGCCAGUGCAGGACAGCAGGUGCUGAUGGCGACAUGAGUCUCCGCUUUGGCACUACAGUUGCGCAAACCCUUCGACGAUGCAGUCGCUAGGGCGAUCCUUCACGCGACAUGUGAACAGUGGAGCCGGGGCCAAACUGCAUGGAUGGCGCGGCGCAGUGCGGCCAGGCCGGCGACAGUGGGCGUCAGGGCGGGCCGCCAGUGGCGCUGGAUCGCCGCCCGGCGGCGGCGGUGGCGGUGGCGGUGGCGGCGGUCCUCGUGGCCCCGCUCAUGUCGUAGGACCCGAACCUGAUGGCAGUGGCGGUGGCGGUCGGCCGAGUGUGCCGCUGUGGUGGCGAGGCCUCCAAGUGUGCGCAGGCGUGGCAGUCGCGGCAGGCGUGUCGGUGGCGGCGCUGCCCGCCGCGCUGUCCACCCAGUGGGGCCUGCAGCAAGCGAUGGAGCUGAUCAACCAGCACAUGCCGGGCCGGGUGGAAGUGGCUGAGGCGCGGCUGUCGUGGUGGUCCGGCGGCAACGAGCUGAGCUGCGUCAAGGUGUACGACUCCCCGCGCGGCGGACAGAUUCUGCUGCACCUCAACAAGGUGUCCACGUCGGCCAGCCUGUGGCAGUUGCUGACGGGCUCCCGCGGCUACAACCUCAUCAUAUCCAAACCCUGGAUCAACGCCGUCUACGACACCAAGCUCGGCGACUUCAAGUUGAUCACCUGGGCCGAGAAGGUGGGCCUCCUGAACGCACCGCCGCCGCCGCCACCUGCCGCGUCAGCGGCGCCCAAGGCGCCGCCGUCUUCGCAGCAGCCACCACAGCAGCCAUCAGAGGGCCAGCCGGUGUCCGGUGGCAGCGGCAAGCCGGGCGACCGCGGCCAGGGCGGCCAGAAGCCGGGCGGUCUGGUGGAGGUGCUGGCGCGCAUCAACUCCAAGAUGGACCUGAGUGCGGACGUGCGGCUGGGGCGCAUGAACCUGGUGGUGGCGGAUGCCAUGUUGUUGGUGCCGGAGGAGAUCAGGCAAAUCCUGGGUCCUUCGGUGCACAUCACUGGCGCCAUCGGCGAGGAGUGCCUGAGGGAGUGGGCGGAGGAGGUGGGCGAGGACGUGGGCUGGGCGCUGGGCGCAGCCGCCUCCCCAACCUCCAGCCGGGCUGCAGGCGGCACGGCGGCCGCGGUAGCGUCGGUUUCGCCAGCGGGGCCGGAGGCGGUGGCGGUGCGGCCGCCGGCGGAGGUGCUGCGGCGGCCGCGUGACUACAAGCCGGGGGUCAUGCAGGUCAACUCGGCUCACCUGGUGGGUGAGAUGCGGCUGUGGGACGGCCCCUACCACACGCUGCUGCACCAGCCCGCCACCGCCAGCCUGGACCUCACGCCGGCGCUCACGCGGCUGGGGCUGGCAGCGGCCAACCCCCUGCUGGACAGCGUGGUGACGGUGCAGGGCGCCGCGGGAGGCGGCGGCGGCGGCGCGGCAGGAGCGGGGGGCGGGCGGCUGAGCGCGAGCUUCAGUCCUGAUGGCGGCAGGCUGCCGUACCAGGCCGCGACCGUGGAGAUGGCGCCGGUGACGCUGGAGCUGGGCCCCGCCUCCAACUUGCUGCAGCUGCUGUCAGACCUGGGCCUGCGAGGCCUGGGCCGCGGCGGCGGCGCCAGCUCGUCCCUCUCGCUCUCCCGCAUGAGCGUGCACUUCACACGAGGUGGCGAGUUGCGCACGCAGCGCGUGGACAUGCGACUGGGCGGGACCGCCGCCGCCGCAACUGGCGGCACCACGACCUCUGGCGGGGGCUCAGCGGCUGCGCCAGGGUCUGCAACGGACGCCGCCGCGGCUUCAGGGGCUGCAGCAACAGUGACGGAUGUGCUGCCGUCGGAGCCGCCGGGCUCGGGCGGUGUGCGGCUGGCGGUGUGGGGUCGCGCCGACCUCAUGACCGACACAAUCGACUUCACUGUCGGCGUGGCGCCGGGCCCGCUGCUGGCCGCGCUGGGGCUGCCCUCCGGCGAGCGUCCACCGGCGCCCGCCGCCGGCCCGGACGCUGAUGCAGCAGCUGGCAGUAGCAGCGCGAGCAGUGGUGGGCGCGCCAGCAGUGGUGUCAGUAGCAGGGACCUGGCGCUCUUGCCGCAAGGCUACAUGCUGCUGGUGCCGGUGCGCGGCCCCACCUCAGCGCCGCGCUACGACGUGGCGGGCGCGGUGGUGCGGCUGGGGCAGCUGGGCGCGCGGCAGAAGGCGGUGCAGUGGGCGGAGCGGCAGCAACUGCGGGGGGAGCAAGAGCGGGAGGGACAGGAGCGGGGCGCAGGCCAGGACAGCAGCGGCGGCGCAGUGCGGCGCGGGCUGGUGGCCGGGCUGGGCGCGCUGAUGCAGGCGGUGGCGCCGCCGCAGGAGCUGGUGGCGGCCAUCGACACGGUGCUGCAAGAGGACCUUAGCCGCAUCCCGCCACCUCUGCCGCCCGUGCCCCCCGGGCGCAGCGUGGCUUAGUCGUGGGUGGGCCUUGUGAGGGAUUGACGGUUGUGUCUAGGGCCAGCAAGCCAGCGACUUAGCGAGGCGUUUGAGUGGUGGAUUGAGCUCUGGCCAGGCAUGCUGGCCAGCCCUGUUACAAAGGCUUCGGAGGUGCUGGACGUAAGCGGUUGCAACCUAAUGACGGAUUCAGGUCUAAAAACGAGAGGCCGCGGACGGCGCCCGCGACACGGCUGAUGACUGUUGUAAGGAAUGACAACGCAAACCGUCACUUGGCAUCCU